AUGGUACGAGAAGAGCUCCAAAAAUUCGUCUGUGGAGGAAUAGCUGGCGCUGUAGCAAAAACAUCAAUAGCGCCGUUUGAUAGAGUCAAAGUCCUUUUUCAAACAACAGUCCGAUCCUUUUCACUCAGAAGUGCUUAUUUUGAAAUCUCUCGAAUUUAUACCCAAGAAGGAAUCAGAGCUUUUUGAAAAGGAAAUUUCGUCCAACUUGUAAGGAUGUUAAUGUUAAUGCUGAAUAUUUAAAGUCUCUACUUCCAGUAGCGUGUUGGCACAAGCGAAUUGGGUGGACUUCCACCUCUGGUUCCUCUGAGCCCAGGCCGAAACCCCUGGUUUCUCGGUAGUGGGUUGCCCUUUUUGUGUCCGCAGACCUCUGCCGGGCACCACCAUUUCCAACUCAGUCCCUUCGCCCUUCUAAGGCCAACUGUACCUACCCUGGCCGAUGUCGUCCACAUAUUUCGGGACCCUUUAACCGGAGGAACCGCUUUGUUUGAGAGUCUAGCCUGCUUCCCCUUUUACCAGGUCAUCCCCCUGAGUAAAAACUCAACCACUUACGUGAUUCGGGGCAAAGCCAUCAAGAGCAGCCUGAGCAGGGAAAUCACCCUGCUCCAUUUCGAGCACCCACUGGCUAGGGUGCUGCUGGAAAAAGGAUUCACUAUUAACUACCCAAGGAUCAGGCCACAAAUCAGCGGGUCUGUGCUUAAGCCCAUCGCCUCUGGGCUCCUGAUGUUGCUGGGCUAUAUCAUUCCUCCUGAAAACCAUGCCCGGAUAUACAUGGGUUACCGUCACACGAGAGGACAGGUCGGACGUCAUCCGCCAUUUUAUGUAUAUCCAACUUGUAAGGAUAAUUCCAUACUCAGCAAUUGUAACAAUAACAUAGCAAUUCAUGAUGUAUGACUAUUUCAAAAGAAACUAUUUUCAGUCCACGACAAACCAAGGCAGAGCUCAAACUUUGCUUUAUAAUUUUCUGCCAGGAUCAAUUGCGGGAGCAAUAGCAGUGACGUGGACUUAUCCUUUUGAAGUUGUAAGGACACGACUAGCAGUGCAGGUCACGUCGAAAAUCUACACAGGAAUCUUCCAUGCUUUCUCUCAUAUAGGACAUAAUGAAGGGUAUAAAGGUCUUUUUAAUGGUUUUUCACCCACAAUGUUAGGAAUAGUUGUGUACAGCGGAACAACAUUUUCGUUGUAUUUUUCGUCAAAAGAAAUUAUAGGUCACAAAGGCUCAAAAGAGCACUUUCUAUUUGGAGCAGUUUCAGGGCUAUUAGGGCAAUUAUCAUCAUAUCCUUUUGAAGUCAUUAGAAAAAGAAUGCAGGCUCAUGGAUUCAUUGAAAAAGUGUCAUCCUUUAAAUCGUCAUCUGGAGAUUUUGCUUUAAAAGGAUGGAUGAGCUAUGGAUUCAUGAUAGUGAAAACCGAAGGAGUCAAAGGUCUAUUUAAAGGCUUUACUAUGAAUAUGGUAAAGUCUCCAAUUGCUUCCGGAAUAGUGCAUACUUCAAACGAAGCUCUAAACCUAUAUGCAAACAAGAGCUGGAAGAAAUAA